UUUCCCCUUGGAAUUUGUUGAGCCUCUACCUUCAUUCAAGACUCAAUCUGUCUGUAUGUCUGUCUGUCUGUCUGUCUGUCUGCUUGCCUCUCUCUCUCUCUCUCUCUCUCUCUCUCUCCGCGUUGCUUCUGUUGUCUAUGUGUUAUUGUGUUGUUGUUGUUUCAGGUUCCAUAUCAACCAAACCAACACAGUAACGAAGGGAGGCACGCCCGCAAUCAACAAUGAAUGACAAAGCCUCCGUUUCCAAGGAGCUCAACGCCAAACACUCCAAGAUUUUAGAAGGUCUUCUUAAGCUGCCGCAAAACAGGGAAUGUGCUGAUUGUCGGAGCAAAGCCCCACGAUGGGCAAGUGUGAACCUGGGAAUAUUUAUUUGCAUGCAAUGUUCAGGAAUUCAUCGUAGUCUUGGAGUGCAUAUUUCAAAGGUACGGUCUACUACUUUGGAUACAUGGCUGCCAGAACAGGUUGCUUUUAUGGAAUCUGUGGGUAAUGAAAAGGCAAACAGUUAUUGGGAAAAAGAAUUGCCGGCACAUUUUGAAAGAAGCGAGAUCAAAAAGUUUAUUCGUGCCAAGUAUGAAGGAAAAAUGUGGGUUGCAAAGAAUGCAAAACAACCGGCUCCUAAACUAGUUGAAAUGAGCAUCAGUUCCAACAAGUUGGUAGAAGGUGGAGCUACAAGCGAAGUUCCGAAGAAAACAAGGAGACAUUCUCUUGAAGAAGCAGUACUUUCUAAGCACCUGGGACAAAGUGCUCCUUCAAUGGCAAGAUCCCGUGGGAUUUCUUUAGAUUUGAAUCAUAAGUUUACUACUUCACCUCCGCCAAAUGGGCCACCAUCUAUGAUGGAAUGUGAUACAGCCUCAAACAAGAGCAACGGUACAACAGAUCUGUUCAGCUUGCUUUAUGUCCCUGAUGCAAAACAGGACUAUCCCACUCCUCCACGCUGGCAAACUUUUGAUUGAGAAGAUAUUUUUGAGUGAAGCCCAUGGAAUUACUGGAGUGGGCAGUGUGUAUUCCUAUCGAACAGUUUUGACAGGAUAUAUACCUCUUCACCAAGGUUUGCUAUUUUAAGUACUAUAAGUCAACCUUUUCUAAUCAGUGGAGGCCCGUUUGGGCCUAUGGACUAACACCACAGAGGAGAUAACCCUGUUGAGAAGGAGGGAUUUAAUUUUAAAUCUUUCCCCGAUACCAAAAGACUUACCAACCAAACUACCUGGCACUUUUGCACCACAUGUCAAAUUUGCAUCUAAUGUUCGUAGCAUCUGAGAGCAAUGGUUUUGUUUUGCAUUAUAUACUGGAAUUAAUUCCAUGUAAAUUGUUUCAUAAGAUCCCCGUAAACAUUGUUUAUUGCAAUACCUUGAUGGGAGAAAGAGAAGUAUGUCCUGCAUCUUCCUCUAGACCUUAAUGUCGCAAAUGUUGUGUGUCAAAACUUUCUAUUUGAGAUAAUUGUAGAUGCCUAUAGUAUACCUUCCAGUUUGGCAAUCCUUCAAUGGAACAAGAGCAGGGUCUGUGAACCUGUCUCUUCUUCUUCC